AUGGCCAUAUCAAAUGAAAUAUUUUCGUUCAAAAUUCUUAUUAUAGGUGAAUCAAGUGUUGGAAAGAGCAGUUUGAUGACUCGUUUUGUUGAUGAUACAUUUCAAUCAGCAUUUGUAUCAACAAUUGGUGUUGAUUUUAAAGUUCGAACAUUAAUGAUUGAUGAAUAUCCAUGUCAAGUUCAGAUUUGGGAUACUGCUGGACAAGAACGAUUUCGUGUGAUAACCACAACAUAUUAUCGUGAUGCAGCUGGUGUUCUAAUUGUUUAUGACGUAACAAAUGCUGAAUCAUUUUCUCGUAUUCGUCGUUGGAUUGAAGAAAUAAAUAAAUACUGUGAUGGAAAUAUACCUAAAGUACUUAUUGGUAAUAAAGAUGAUAUUGUACCAAUAGAUAGUAUAUCAACAAACAAAGCGGUAUUAACUACAGAUGCUGAACAAUAUGCUCAUGAAAUGAAUUUACCAUUUUUUGAAACAUCAGCAAAAGAUAAUAAAAAUGUUACUGAAGCUUUCUAUGCUAUUACACGUUUAGCAUUACAUCAACGUUUACAAACACGUAAUAAAACUCAUCUAUCACAUCAGAAUGAUUUAGCCAAUGGUACAUCAUCAUCUCAAGGUAUUCGAUUAAAAGGAUCAAAGAACAAAGAUAAGAAAUAUAGUGGAACAUGUUGCAAAUAG